UAGCUUUAAUACAGUUUUAAUAUUGCAAUGUGCAUGGUAAAUGUCUCCUUUUUAAGGGCUGCCUGGCUGGCAUCUCCAUCCUGGCUUUUUCUGGCUCAUGCUCCGGGAGCAGCUUGGUGUAACCUGGUACACAACGGAAAUGUGGGGUUGUUUGUCCCCCCCCCGCUGACACCAGGGUGGUUAGAGAGGUGUAGGUUGGUUGUGGGACCUGAAGCCCAACUCUGUAUUGUGAAAUCCUUCGCUGGUGAUGGACCCUCCACCGCAAGGUCAGCUUGUGAACAGUGAACAGACAGGGGACAGAAAGGCCAGGAUGGUGCCUAGAGAGCCUCACACCAUCAUUGCUGGAGAGGGAUAUGCAUACAUCAUGUUUUUUUCGUCCUGGAAGAGCAGCAGCGAUGGGGAGAGGUGAUGUUUGGUCGAGUGGGAAGGCUUGAGGUUGUACCUGGUGUGUUUGUUUCCCCAGCAGCAAGGAGCUGUAUAUCAGGGGAGCUGGGGCGUAUGCCAUCUGCAUGCCUAUUUUUCAUUAGUGGACCACCACCCACCUGAGGACCUUCAAACACUUUGCAAGUGAAGGCUCAGACAACUGAGGAAACAGAAAAGUGGUUUUUCUUAUGGUCAUACACACAUGAGCAUGGAUGGCACUGUCCUGAUCCCAUUUAGGUAACAAAGGUGAUACACGCCUUCUUUUUACCUCUCCCAUGGAUUAUUUCAGGCUAUAGGCAGCGACAAUCUCCCACUGUGUAUUUGGGCAGCACGUAGCAGCAGGGGGAACCUGCUUUGGGUCCCUGUAAUAGGUUUCAAGAAAUCCUUGCUGUCUGAUGGGGUUUCUUGCGCAGCAGUGCAUCCAUCACCUGGCUGGAAAUGGUCUGAGCUCUUCCAGGGAAACCCCUGGGGGCUUUUUCAGCACUCUCUAAUAUUUUAUGGCUGGUGAAUUUGGGCUGUGACGAAUGGGAAGCUUUGCCUGACUCUGCAGUUUCUCUCCCCUCUCAGUUUGGUCCAGCAAACAAAUGCGGCAGGUCCUGGGGGGCAGCCAGGGCUGCACCACUCCCUCUGCUCGGAGCCGAGUGGAUUUGGGGAAACGUGGGGCACCAUCCUGAGCUGCUGCACCCCUCGAGGAGGGGGAGCUCAUCCUUUCCUAGGGUCAAGUGUAAGGUUGUAGUUGGUUAUUUACAAGACAAAAAUGCUCAAGUAUGUGACUAGUCUGAAGAAGUUCUGUGGUUUUGUGUAUUUAUUCCAGUUUUGGGACUUCAGUUUCAAUCAAGCAUCACCAGAGUGGAAACUUUUCUGCAUCUCUCAGAAUACCACCAUGAAAAAGUUACAAGGAUUAUCAUCUUUAUAGUGUCCCAGAUGGUUUCCAAGCUCUGUUUCUAUUCCUGAAAGCUCAGUGAAUCUUCCCUGAACUAACCUGAUGCUCUGUUCCUUCUUCCAGCAGCUGGGAGCAGGGAUGGAUAAGAUACUGGAAGCUGUGGUGAUGUCCUCCUACCCCAACAACGUGAAGCAAGGCCUUGUGAGGCGCGUCAUCGAGGCGUCGAAGCAGCCCAUGGACAGUGAGCAGUGCUGGUCCAUGCUGGAGCUGUGUACCAAGCUUUAUCUCGUGGGGGACACCAAGUAUAAAAGAGAGAUCGGGAAGGAGGUUUUGGAGGUCUAUGGCCACUACCACCCAGAGGAAUUUGAGGAGUUCUUCAAUGUCCGCUUCCUACUGAGUCUCCUCCAGGAGGGCUACGGGCCUCUGGGGAAGAGAAGCCAUUACGUCCUCGAUUAUAUCCAGUUAGGGCUGCAGUUCGUCUUGGAAAGCCCAUCAGCAAACAGCAUUUUCAGCUUGUUGAGGAUCGAGGUGCUCCGGAAAGUCUGCGAGAGGCCUGGCCCCAAGCAGUGCGCCAAGAUCAGCAAACUCUUAACCCAACAUCCUCAGUGCAUUCCCACGGGCAAGCACCAGGUCUUGUUUUGUCAGCAGCUGAUCCGGUGCAUCGGGCAGUUCCAGUGCGUCUCCGAGGGGGAAGAGGACAUCAUGGAGUUUUUGGAGCAUGUGAACAAGGUGAGCGGUCUACUGCAGAGGAUCUGGAGGACUCAGACCUCAGCCAUCCUGCCCUCGUUGAAGGAGCUGUUCACUAUCAUUUCUUCAACAGAGGAGCAGGAAGCGCCGUCCAACGCCUUGGCCAGCGUGGUCCAGUUUGUGCCUCUGGAGCUGAUGGAUGGGGUCAUAAGGAACCUCACCAACGACGACAGCAUCAGCGACGUGCAAAUGAUGAUGGCCAUUGGCAGGAUGAUCGACUGGGUGUCCUGGCCCCUGGGAAAGAACAUAGACAAGUGGAUUAUUGCUCUGCUGAAGGGUUUGGCUGCGGUGAAGAAGUUCAGCAUCUUGAUUGAGGUUACUCUUUCAAAAAUUGAAAAGGUCUUCUCCAAGUUGCUGUACCCCAUCGUGAGAGAGGGAGCUUUGUCCGUCCUACAGUACAUGCUGCUGAGCUUCCAGCACUCCCACGAAGCGUUUCACUUGCUGCUCCCUCACAUCCCCAGGCUGGUGGCCUCUCUGAAGAAGGAAGACUCCAACUCUGCCACCAGCUCUCUGGAGCAGCUGGCCGAGCUCAUCCACUGCAUGUUCUUCCGCUUCUCAGGAUUUCCAGAUCUGUACGAACCAGUCUUGGAAGCGAUUAAAGCUCUUCCAAUUCCAAACGAAGACCGGAUUAAACAUCUCUUGGGACAGAAUGCUUGGACCUCCCAGAAGAACGAGCUAGCCUGCUUCUACCCACGCCUGGCAUCCAAAUCAGAGACGGGAAAGAUUGGCUUAAUUAACUUGGGAAACACCUGCUACAUGAAUAGCAUCAUACAGUCUCUUUUCAUGGCUUCAGACUUUCGGCAUUCGGUGUUGAAUUUAACCGAGGGCAACUCCCAGCCCCUGAUGACAAAACUCCAGUGGCUCUUUGCGUUUUUGGAGCACAGUCAGCGACCUGCCAUCUCACCUGAGAGCUUCCUCUCUGCCUCCUGGCCACCCUGGUUUACCCCCGGUGCUCAGCAGGACUGCUCGGAGUACCUCAAGUACCUGCUGGAUCGAUUACACGAAGAAGAAAAAACUGGGAAAAGGAUCUACCAGAAACUCAAGGAGUCCAGCUUGAUGUCUCAGGCUGUGGAGCAUCAUUACUUAAACAAGACAUUGAUUGAGAAGAUGUUUGGGGGUAAAAUGAUGACAAAGAUCCGCUGCUUGAAGUGUCUGAAUGUGUCCUCCCGAGAAGAAGCCUUCACAGACCUGUCGUUGGCUUUCCCCCCGCCGGACAGGCACAUACAUGGGCCAGGGAGUGCCUCUGUUCUACCUGUGGAAGAAAUUGGCCCACAGUUUAUUGAGCCUUCUGAAAAGCCAAACCAGGUAAUGGGGUCUCCUUGGGUCCGAAGGAAGCCCCCCAUGUCUGGAGACCUCCCAGCUCAGCCGGUGCCAGUGGAAACGCUGGGUUUUCGGGAGGCUGGAGAACCAUCAAAUCCCUUAAGCAGUGAUGCUGUUGGAGCAGAAUCAACCAAAGACCCAACAUUGGCUUUUGGGGAGCAGGCGUCUGCUCCCAAGGACUCCAGAUCCGUCCCGGAUUUAAUCAACUAUUUCCUGUCCCCGGAGAGACUGACAGCGGAGAACAAAUAUCACUGUGAGAAAUGUGCUUCCUUGCAGGACGCCGAGAAGGUGGCGGAGCUGACAGAGGGGCCGCACUACCUCAUUCUCACGCUGCUGAGGUUCUCCUUCGACCCACGGACCAUGAAGAGGAAGAAGAUCCUGGACAACGUCUCUAUCCCUGUGGUGCUCAAGCUACCUGUCCUCGUCUCCUCGGAGGAAAAUGAGGAUGUUUGGCGACACAGGAAGGGCAGAGCUGGCCCGGGCAGCAGUUUUGUGUCUGUCGUGUACGACCUCUGCAGCGUGGUGGUGCACUCGGGCAUCUCCUCCGAGAGUGGACACUACUACUGCUACUCCAGAGAGUGCACUGACACCGUUCCCCACGGUCAGCCGCGGGAUGGAGCGCCGAAACCAGCUUCUGACAAGCAGUUGGACUUUGAAAUCCAGUGGUACCUCUUCAACGACACCAGGGUUUCCUUCUCCUCCUUCGAAUCGGUCAGCAACGUGACCUCUUUCUUCCCCAAGGACACUGCCUACGUGCUCUUCUACAGGCAGCGGCCGGGCAGGCAGAGCUGCCCGCUGCACGAGGCUGCGGCGGAGGCCAGCCACCUGCAUGGUGAACCCUCGCUCAAUAAGGACUUGAUGGAAGCCAUCUCCAAAGAUAACAUCCUCUACCUGCAGGAGCAGGAAAAAGAGGCGAGGAACCGAGCCGCCUACAUUUCCGCCUUGCCGAAAUCCCCGCUGUGGUGGAGGGACUUUGACAGGGACAAGGACGAUGACAGCUCCUCGGGGGGAUGCAGCCCUGCAGCGGGCGGAGGUGGAUCCGGCUCCUUUCACGGACUUGUCUUCUAG